AGUAAGUCUAUCAUCAUUUGUAGAUGUCAGUUGGUCACAUUUCUUUGUUAUAUCUGUGCCAGCACUUUCUCUAUCUGGGCCUUGCCAAAGUUCAAGGUCAACUUGCCCCCAUUCAAAGACACCAAAAACUCAUACUCCAUCUCUGAUGAUAGUUAGUAAUGUUGUCAUGUAAAGUAAUGUUUUUUUUUUUUUUUUCAACAGUUUAUGAGAUGUACAUAUCUAAAACAUACUCAGUGUCUGUGUUUUUAUUUGUCUGUGUCUGAGUUUUACUCACAUUUCAUGGCCUGUACGUGGUUGUGCGGAUCUUGCAGCAGAAGGCGUGUCUGGGGAGGGAGUAGCUGAAUUUGCCUUGGGGAGCUCAUAAACCCCAGCAUUUUUCAUAGGUGACUGUACCAUGUGACUCCUAAACGAGGUGCUUUAAAGAGAGGCCCGACCUGUUGAGAGGCAUCACAGGUAAUCACAGGUCUUCAGAGCAGUGUGAGAAAGCACCAUCCAGACUCUUACACAAGAGAUCGAUGACACUGGAAACAGUCUGCAGGUUCUCCAUGGCGAGCAGAGGAAGCUUCACCAGCUCCGAGUUCUCCGAAGAGGAACUGGAUGGGAGUCUUCAAGGGUCAGACGAGCUGGACAGCAGCGAUGGCAGCAGCCCAACAGGCUGUUACCCCAACAGCACCCUAAGCGAGCUGGAGGAGAGACAGAGCAAGAAACGCAGCAGACCGGUGCGCUCCAAAGCACGCAGAGUGGCGGCCAAUGUGAGAGAGAGGAAACGCAUCAUGGAUUAUAACCAGGCCUUCAACGCGCUCCGGGUGGCUUUGCAUCACGACCUGAGCGGCAAAAGGCUGUCGAAGAUCGCCACGCUCCAGAGAGCCAUCAAUCGAAUCUCUGCUUUGUCCGUCUUUCUCACCAACAACCCACCUGAAACUACAGGGAAGCCCUGCAGCCACCUUGAGUGUCACGGUCAGCCUGGCGGCUUGUGGCCAGAGACGGAGCCGUCACCUCCUGUCCGCCUCGAAUCCCAGAACUUCCUCUCCUGGCAUCAGCCACUCACCCACCAUAUACAAAACCCCUUGCACAGACUGUCCUCUGAGCAACACGUUUUUACAGGCCCUGCUUGUCCGCCGUCCCCUCACUACCCAUGUUUCUCACCCGACGCCCAACUUUACACACCUAGCAGUGUGGCAAACCCACCCAGGUACGGACGGAUAGGUGAUGUCGGGACGUAUCAGCCAGGAGUUUGGGGCUCUUGUGCCCCAAAUCAUAUAGACAAUUAUGGGGAAACACUCCAGACGCUGCCUCUGCCCUGGCACAUGGGCUACCUACAGGACGCUGGGCCUCAGCACUGCCACAACACACUGUGA